AUGAAAGCCAGCGCCAGCAAAUUUAGCUGCGCUUGUCAUUGCUGUCUCCCUGGUUUGGGAUCUCGAGAUGGGGCAUCACAAUAUUUAGAGGCAUGGUUCAGACAUAGUUCAGUUACCCGCUCAAUGACGUGCAUGCAUCCAACUUGUUGCCUAUAUUUGAUGGUUUCCCAUUCUGAUCGUCUCAAUGAAAAGUCCACUGAAACUUCUGCAUUCACGCACGGCCCCCUGGCUAUUUUCCUGGAAGACUUUGAACGGCCGCUUCCACAUCUUCAGGCAAUACGCGUUAUGCUUCUUGCACAGUGUCCCGUAUGCCAUGAGCUCUUCACUGGUGCUUCAGACUGCGUUGUAUCUGCUUUACCCUGUGGGCAUGUUUUUCAUAAACACUGUGUUGAUACCUGGUUCCGUACUGCCGUCACUUGUCCUCAGUGCAGAGUUCAGGUAAAACGAAUGAACACCAUCAUUCGGCUUUAUUUCGAUAUCGUACCUUUCCCCGGGCCAAGCUCACAGACGCGUGGGUCAACUGCGCCUGGAGGGAAAAUCCUUAGCCCUGGCAGACAUUCAUGUCAAGAUGGUCUGGACAUUGAACUUUACCGAAUGCGUGCCGAGAAAACUCGUUUGGAGGAAGAGCUCAGGCAGGUUGAACGUAGAGCAGAGGAGAACAACAAACUGGCCGCUGACCGCGCCAAAGAGAUUGCCACAAUAUCAGCUUUGUAUACUGAGUCGGAUAAACUAUGUGAAAAGGAGCGCCAGCGAUGUAGAGAUCUACGAGCCGAACUGAUGAGUAUGAAACAGUUUCUGCGUGACGCUGAAUCAAUGAAGGCAGAAGCGGUCAAGUUGCGUGCUGAGAUGGAAGGGAUGCAGAAUAUUCAGAAACUUAUUGCAGCCUCUGAAGAAGCUGCAAUGGACCUGUUGUCACGGUAUCGGAGUGAAAAGAAUGAAACAUCUUUAAAACCUGUUGACCGAGAGGCCACAUAUGGAUUGGAGACCCUGUGUCGUUGGACAGCAGUGCUGCGCUCAGAACUCACCUCAGCCAGAGAGAAAGCGCGAAGCUACCGUAUCGAGCUUUCUCGGGUGCGUAAGCUACAUCAGACAGCGUCUCAGCGUGCUUCCCGCUUCGAGAUGAUGGUCGCCAAAAAAGAUAAACAAAUCAACUCCCUGGAAAAAGAACUAACUUCCUUGAUGCAGUGUGCCAACAGUAAGCCUGGAAAUAGAACAGUAGAUGCCAGUACAAACUCUUCCUUCAAAUUGUCAGCUAAUCCCGUGGAUAUUGACGCUGCUCAAGACUCUAUUGAUUUAUUCUCCAGUCGCUCAUCCAUUACAUCUCUUCAAACAGACAACCCCUCCUCUCCGAUAUUGGAUACCCCGGAAAGACUCGCCAUUACCCCACAAGCCCCACCCACUAUUGAACUACAAAAGCGGUUGCGGACCCCCUUUGAGAACCCUUUUCGCGCGAAGGAAACAACAGAGAAGAAUACGAAACCGAUAUGUUCACCGCUAAACAAAUGUCUUUCAAUUGAUCAGCUUUGCUCGACUUCAACGCCCUCCAAAAUAUUUGUAUCAAGUAAACCGUCAACUAGCACUGAACCUUGCAAACUCCAGCGAAGACCGUCCGUGUUGUUGGAGAUGGCGAUCAUGCGGCGCCACCUGAGUAACCAAACUUCACACCCCACCGGAGUUUCUGCACCUUCACUGCCCCCCAUUUUAGCGCAUAAUACGGUGCACAAAGCUUUUGAACGAAUACCUCAACAGCAAAGUCAUAUGAAGUGGCUGACAAAACGGCCUGCUCCGACGAAUCCCAAGAAACAUUCGGAUCCGAAGACAAAAGUUUCCCGCCUUGACCGGUUCUUUUUGAAAAGCUGA